AUGAAAAUUAUAUAUCCAAAUGCAUUUGAGGAAGAGAUAUAUAUAAGAGAUGAUCCACAAAGAGAUUCAAAUGGUUGUGUUAUAAACUGUCCCACUUUACCUGAUUGUGUUUGUACUGGAAAAAAUGAACAAUGUGUUCAAGUUUUAACAACUUGUGACAAAUGUGCUUAUAAUAAUUGUAUACCUAAAACAAAUAAUGGUAAAUCUACAAAUACUGGUGGAAUAGUUGGUGGAGUUAUUGGUGGAUUAGCUGUAUUGGGUGUUAUUGGAGCAACAUUAUAUUAUUUUUUAAUUUAUAAAAAGAAACAUCAAGUUAUGUUAGAUGAUGAUUAUUUAGAUUAUGAUUAUAAUGAUUAUGAAACUGAUGAAUAUAUUGAUAAAGGGAGUGAUAUAAAUAAUAACAAUAAUGGAAGUAAAAUAGAAAUGAAAGAAUUAGGAGAUUUAUCAGAUCCUUCUAGUCCUGCUUCAAAAAGUUUUGGAUUAGAUAUAAAUGAAUCACCAUCUUCAGCUACUUUAGCAAAUAAUAAUAAUGAUGUUAUAAAUGCAAAUACAGGGACUAAUAAUGGUGGAGCAAUAAUUGCUGGACAACAUAUUGAUAGACCAUUACAACAAAGAAGAAUUUUACAAAAUAAUCCGAGAAAAACUGUAAGAAGAAUAUCAUCAUAUGAAUCAUUUACUAGACCAAAUGCCAACAAAUCAAAAACUAAACAACAACAACAAUUAAUAGCUCAACAAAGAAGAGCACGUCAACAAAAGAUAGUCAAACAAGCUAAUUUACAACAACAACAAAUACAACCACCACCACAACAACAACAAAUAUAUUUAAAUCAAUCAAAUAGGAAUUCAGUAGCUACAUCUUUCUCAAAUGCAUCAAAUAUACUACCUAUUGCAUAUGUCCCAGGUGUAACAGUAAGACCAACAAAAAACAAUACAAGAUCAAUAUAUUCAUAUGAUUCAGAUUCAAUUUUUUCAGAUUUAAAUACUAUUGAAAAUGCAAGUAUUGUUGGAGAUGUAAUAAUAGCAAAUCAAUUAUCUACAUCAUCAAGUAAUAAUAAUGGAACUGAAAAGAAUGAUUCACCUCAAAGCUUACAACUGGAUCAAAGUAAUAGAUCAGGUACAAUGACUGCUAUAAAAGCACAACCAAGAUUAGUCAAUGUAGAUAGAAUUCAGGAAGAAGACGAAGAUGAAGAUGAGGAUGACGACGAAGAAGAGGAUGAUGAUGAAGAUGAAGAAGAUUACAAACUAAAUGAAACAACAGAAGAAGAUGAAACCAGGAUAAAUACAGAAGAUUAUAAUAUAUCAAAAGAUGAAAUCCUCAAAAAGGAUAUAGAUGAAGAAGAUGAAGAUAGUGAUGUUGAUAGUGAUGUUGGUCAUAUAACAAGAGCUGCAUCACUAAAGAAACAAGAAUCUUUUACAUUUGAUAUUGAAUUUAAUGAAAAUCCUUUACCAAUAACACAUAAAAUUAAUAACAAUGAUAAUGAUUUAAAUUCAGUAGAUAGUCCAUUCCGUGAUCCUUAG